AUGCUUUCACCUCCUCCAGAAGUACAUAAUAGUGCUGAUGAACUUUUUCAGAAUGCACAAAGAUUUGCAAAUUCUCAAAGGUACACCCUAGUUAAAAAAAGAACUCGGAAGAAUAAUCGUGGUGAAUUAAAAAAUAUGUCAAUACGUUGUGACCGAGGAGGUGUUUAUAACAACUCCUCUGGUUUUGCUAAAGAAACACAUAACAGAAAAACAAGUACCAGAUUAAUCGAUUGUCCUUUUGAAUUGUAUGCAACUCGACAAAAUGGCUUGUGGCACUUGGAGGUUCGUAAUACUACACAUAAUCAUGGUCCCUCAAAUGAUAUGUCAGAACAUCCCAUUGUUCGUCGACUAACAGAAGAACAAAAAGAAAGUGUUGCAAUAAUGACUACCUCUGGUUCACGUUACCAUGAAAUUAUAUUAACACUUCGACAAAAUGAUCUGUCAACGUUAGUCAUUAGCAGUGAUAUUUAUAAUAUGUGUGCCCAGCUUUGGCAACAAAAUCUGGCUGGUAGAACACCUAUUCAGGCUUUAGUAGAUAAACUUCAAAGAGGAGAUUUUUUAUAUAAGUAUAAGUGUGAUAAUAAUGGUUCAGUUACUCACUUAUUUUUUGCACAUAAAGAAUCAGUCUCUCUUAGCCGUCAAUAUCCUACAGUAAUUCUUAUGGAUUGUACCUACAAGACAAACAAAUUUAAAAUGCCCUUAUUAAACAUCGCUCUUACAAAUGUUAUGAGUAUAUUUGAUGGAAUGCAAAAACCCGGUGUUAUAGUAACUGAUAGAGAGUUGGCACUUAUGAAUGCCCUCAAAAUUAUCUUUCCCAAUUCAACAAACCUACUUUGUACAUGGCAUAUUAGUAAGAAGAUCCUAAAAAAUUGCAAGCUGCAGUUCCCUAAAGAAACCAAUAAAGAAGAAAGUGCCUGGACAAAUCAAUUACUUCACUUGGGCACAACUGUAACUUCACAUAUCGAGGGUUCGUAUGCAACAUUAAAAGCAUACUUACAAACAUCUACGGGGGAUCUUCAUCAUGUUUAUAUGACAAUAUCAUUAGCAAUAACCAACCAGAGAAAAGAAUUUAAUACUAUGAUUGCAUCAGAGCGCAUUUGUAUUCCGGCUUUUGCUACUUAUAAUUCUCUAUAUUUAAAUAUUAGAGGUAAAGUAUCAAGCUUUGCACUCAAUAAGAUAAAUGAUCAGUAUCAGAAGGCAAAAUGUGCUACUGCACAAGAGCCCUUACCAUCAUGCACUGGAACUUUCACAAGAACGAUGGGCUUACCUUGCACUCAUUUUAUUCAGCAUCUGAAGAAUAUUCAAAAUCUAAUGCUUAAUGACAUUCAUAAACAUUGGUGGAUUCCAGGAAACAUACUAAUGCUGCAGGUUGAAGAAAAUAGUUCCAAUUCUGAAAACCCCCUACAAUCUCUCUUGCACAAUCUACAACAAAGGUAUCAAGAAUGGCCAGAAUUCCAGCAAUUAGUGGCACAAGAUACUUUGAAAAACCUGAUUGAUGAACUAUCAAUGACCUUACAAAAUCCUAAUGUGGUUCACACAAGAGGCCGUCCCUCUGGAGCUCCUAAUCACCAGAAAAAUAACUCAACAUGCAGAGAUCCCUCUGGCUUUGAAAUGGUAGAACACAAGGGUAGGCAUUGUGCCAUUUGUUGA